AUGGCUCCAUGCUUAAAUCACUUCAACUUGUUGCAAUUGCAAACCAUCUCCUUUGUAUACAUAUUGAUCACAGUCUCAUCAUUAAGCCUUGAUGAAGAAUGCUCAACCUUGUUUCAGUUUAAGCAAAGCAUCAUUAUGCAAGAUGAUGCAGUUUGUGAUGCUCGUUGGUUGCAAAAGUUUAACUCAUGGAAGCCUACAAGCAACUCAUCGGAUACUGGUUUUGAUUGUUGUUCAUGGGAUGGAGUCGUGUGCAGCAAGGAAGAUAAGUAUGGUCAAGUGAUUUCCCUUGACUUGAGUGAAAGCUUUCUUUGUGGGCAUAUCAACUCUAGCUCCACCCUCUUCAACCUUGUUAAUCUCCAAAGACUCAACCUAGCCACGAACAACUUUUUUGAAUCUGAAAUCCCACCUCAGAUUGGUCGUUUGAAGCAGUUAAGAACGCUUAAUCUCUCUGAUUCUGGAUUCACCGGUGAAAUCCCGAGUGAAAUCUCGCAGUUGACACAAUUAUCUUCUUUAGACAUGUCAGGGAAUCCAUUAAAGCUUCAAAGUCAUGGUCUCCAUCUAGUGCAAAACUUAACAAGACUUGAAGAACUCCAUCUCUCCGGGGUUGAUAUUAAUUCUUCGGUGCCUCGUUUCUUGGCAAACUUUUCUUCUUUGAGUUCCAUCAGGCUAUUUGCUUGUUCACUUCUGGGUGAAUUCCCUGUAGCCAUAUUUGAGUUACCACAGUUGAAAAUUCUUAGUUUGGGAUCCAAUACCAAUCUCAUUGGUUCCUUUCCUGAAUUUCGUAACAACAGCUUGCUUCAAUAUGUGGAUGUAGCUUUAACAAGUUUCUUUGGAAUCGUGCCAGAAUCCAUAAGCAACCUAAACCAUUUGCUAUAUUUGCGCCUCACUGGAUGCUCUUUCUCGGGUCGCAUUCCAGGUUCGUUUUCCAACUUGACCCAACUCACUAGCUUGCGUCUUGCUGGAAAUGAAUUCACAGGCUUAGUUCCUUCACUGGUAAGUCUUUUGGAACUUGAUUAUUUGGAACUAAGUGGUAACAAAUUCGAGAAGGGUCCUUUUCCUAAUUGGAUUGGAAAGCUGACUAAACUUAGUAAAUUGUAUUUAACUGGUACGAACAUGUAUGGUGAAAUCCCACCUUUUCUUGGAAACCUAACCAAACUUAGGGUUGUUGCAAUAGGAAAAAAUUAUCUUAGUGGUCAUAUACCAUCCUCGUUUUUCAACCUCACUCAACUCACAAUCUUAGACCUUCAAGAUAACGAAUUGCAAGGGCCAAUUUCAAGCUCAUUUUCCAACUUUAAAAGUCUUCAAGAUCUUCUCCUAAAGUUGAACAACUUCAGUGGUAGGGUAGACAUAGACAUAUUCCUAGGUCUCAACAAACUAGAAACUCUCGCGUUAGGUCAUGGUACAAUAUCGUUAGUGUCCACCAAAAACUACACCAAUAGCACCAUACCACAAUUGAGCCGAUUAGAACUAACAUCAUUAAAUUUGAAGGAUUUUCCUGUUUUUUUGAGGUUUCAAAAUAGAUUGUCAGCCUUACUUCUUAGUAACAACCUAAUUGAGGGUCUUGUACCGGUGUGGAUUUGGAACAAUAGUCAAGAAACGUUAGGGGUGAUUGAUCUUACGUAUAAUAAUAUCACUGGCUUUCAUCAGAAUCCUCGUAUUCUACCAUGGAUACGUUUAGAAGGAUUUUUCAUGAUGAAUAAUCGGUUACAAGGACAACUACCAAUUCCACCACAAACCACGGUUGUUUAUGAUGUCUCGAAUAAUAAUUUGACACGAGAAAUCCCACCAUUGUUAUGUGAAGUGAAAUCUCUUCGAGUGUUAGAUUUGUCUUCUAACAAUAUGAGAGGAACUCUUCCUUUAUGUUUGGGUAGCUUAAGUAAUUCGUUGUUCAUUUUGAAUCUGAGAAGCAACAACUUCUAUGGCAUAAUGAUGAAUGGGUUUACACAUGGAAGCCAGUUGAAAAGUAUUGAUUUGAGCGAAAAUGGGUUUAUAGGUCAACUUCCAAGAUCAUUGACAAAUUGUACCGAUUUAGAGGUUCUUUCUCUUGGAGAUAAUUCUUUUGAUGAUGUCUUUCCCAUUUGGUUGGGAUCUCUUGCUAAACUACAAGUUCUAGUUUUGAGGUCUAACAACUUAUAUGGUCCAAUUCAAGAUUCGACAAAUGUUUCUUCACAAUUCUCCAAGUUACGUAUCAUAGACCUAUCUAAUAACAAUUUCAGUGGUCUAUUGCAUGAAGAAUACUUCCAAACUUGGAAUGCAAUGAAAUCAGUUUAUAAUGGCGAAUCAUCUGUUUUGGAAUCAUUGAUGUCCUUGAACUCAUUCACGUCACAAAGGCCAUACUCGAUGACAUUAAUACACAAAGGUGUCAGAACACAGUUCGAACGUAUCUUAGACAUAUUCACAGCUAUCGAUCUCUCUUCUAACAAUUUUGAAGGGGAUAUUCCAUUAUCAAUCCAAGAUCUUCGAGGGCUUGAAUCACUCAAUCUUUCCAACAAUCAUUUUCAGGGACGCGUGUUUCCAUCAUUGGGGUACCUAGAGAAUCUCGAAUCUUUAGAUCUCUCUCGAAACAAGCUGUCUGGAGAAAUUCCUCAACAAUUGGUGCAACUCAGCUUUCUUGCUAUUUUCAAUGUGUCAUUCAACAAUCUUGAUGGGCGUAUACCACAAGGGAAACAGUUUAAUACAUUUGAGAAUAGCUCGUAUGAAGGGAAUCCUCGAUUAUGUGGAGAACCUUUAUCCAAUGAUUGUCGAAAUUGGAAUGUAUCAAGAUCUGAACCAACAAGCGAUGAAUCGGAGUCCCUAUUCCCAAGUGAAGGAAUUGAUUGGGUGUUCGUAUUUUGUGGGGUUGGAAGUGGGCUAGUUAUUGGGAUUGUUAUUGGGAGCUUUCUAUAUACAAGAUAUAUUGAUGGGUUCACAAAGAGAAAGAUCAUAUAG